AUGAGUGAGAACUUUAAUGCCCCGUAUUUCGACUAUCCGCUGGAAAAUGAAUUUAAUUACGACUGGGCUAUGCCUGGAUACCCGCAACCUUCUCACGUCGAGUUUACCGGACCUAUCCCUGGCCGUGAUAUCCAUCUCAGCGACCGCGUGAAUCCCAAGGUGGCUAUUCCUCGGACCUCACAACCCAGUAGUUGGACUAGCAGCGGUCGAUGCUCAUAUGGCGACCGAAAAAGAGAAAAGAUGGCGAAGCAGCUGAAUGAUUUGACUUUACGGGUUGAAACCUUUGAUGCUUUGCUCCGUGAUCUUUAUCCCAAGCUUGAUGUCUCCUUGGCCCAGCAGGUCGAUGAAACACUGAGAGAGCUAAAUGCACGCACUCCACUCACCCAAACCAUUCCCUCUGUCCAUAUCCCUGCCUUAUUCACCCAACCAUCAGGCCACAUCAAUCACUCAAUCCUUUCUCCCGCAUAUGCUGGUGUAUCUAUUCCCUCGGCUGGAGACUACACUGAAGAGGACUUCAACGGAGAUGAGAAAGUCCAGGCGACAGGAUUUGUGGGCGAACAUUCGGAGAUGGUAUGGUUGUACAGACUCAAACGUGGCCUUGAUCAUAACAGAUUGAAAAUAACGAAAGAGACCCCCGUACACCCUUCGAUCUCUUCUGUGAACUACUUCCAAGAUAACUCGGAAAUUUUGGUUCCCGACGAUAUCGACCUCGUACGCCGGCCUCCAAUACAAAUCGCUAACAGGCUUGUUGACACCUACUUUCACAUCGUUCAUCAUACCUUCCCGAUUAUUGGAAAGGCAAUAUUUUUGAACCAGUAUCGAUCCUUCUAUGCGAAUCCCAAUGUGCGGCCUGGAAAACGAUGGAUUAUAGUGCUCAACCUAGUGUUUGCCAUUGCGACCAGACAUUCCUUCCUCGUCGAUCAGGACCAAACAAACUGCGAUGACCAUCAGACCUAUUUUGCACGGGCAUGGAGGCUGAAUGUCUUGGAGGCUCAUUGGACUUGCGAUUCGAUCGGCGGUGACCAUGGGUUUAAACAUUCGAAGCGAGAGCGAGAGCAUUACACACUGUUCGAAAGAACUUCGAUGUCGGGCCGUCCACCUUGCACUGCGGACAUUUUUUGUUCCACCCCCCUCCCUGUCCCCUUUGCCGAGGAGGACUUUUUGGAUAAGCGCGUUGUGCAACUUAUUACCGACCAAAAGACUCGAAGUACCUUUUACGCCUCCUUGAUUUCCCAUCCCGUGGAGGCAUUACCAAGGGAGAGCAUGACUCCAAGCACCCCAGGGCAGCAAGGGACCGACAAUGAGAAACAAGAAGAAAGGGGCAGUCAGACUGGCGUGGAGAGUGUGACACCCAACUGCUCGCUAUACUUUCUGUACGCAGUGGACUUAGCUCACCUCUUGCGGGAGGCCAUUAAUAUCCUCUAUGCUCCUAGAGCAAUACGACAGUCAUGGCAUGAUAUUGAAGCCGCCAUUUCCACAUUAAACAACCAUGCUGAUAACUGGUUGUCUCGUCUCCCAGCGGAGUUUGAUUUCACAACGCUAGACACAACCCAUCAAUUUCUACGACAGCGUGCUAGUCUUGCGUUCGGGUUCUACUCCACCAAACUGAUCAUCUUGCAGCCGUGUAUCCGCCGUCUAUCUCAGUCAUCUGAAGCAAACUCCCCGGGAACUGUGUGUGAACAUAUGGCAGCCUUGUGCGCUCAGGCGGCAGAUCAAAUGCUGGUACUGCUACCCGAGGAGCCAGACUUGAAUUGGCUGUAUGGGGUUACCCCUUGGUGGUGCAUCCUGCACAACAUAAUGCAGUCGACUACCAUCCUUCUCACCGAGCUGUUCACGCGCACUCACGAAGGCACCACCAAGGCUGUUUAUAUCACCAAGAAGAUCAACAAAGCAAUUCGCUGGUUGAAGGAGAUGUCGACCAAAGACCUUUGUUCGCAGCGAGCCUGGCUUGUCUGCAUGAAUCUUGUUUCACGGCAUGGCUCGAAGUUUGGGUUCGACGUUGAAACCGAACUCUAG